GGGAGCGGCUCGCCGGAAGCGGCUGCCGACGGCGGCGCUGAGCGGAGCGGCGGUGGCGAGGUGUUUUCGUCUGGCAAAAUGGGUGAACCUCAGCAAGUGAGCGCUCUUCCUCCACCACCAAUGCAGUAUAUAAAAGAAUAUACAGAUGAAAAUAUCCGCAAAGGUCUGGCUCCAAAGCCACCUCCACCUGUGAAAGACAGUUACAUGAUGUUUGGUAACCAGUUUCAGUGUGAUGACCUAAUUAUUCGACCCUUGGAAAGCCAAGGUAUUGAGCGAUUACAUCCUAUGCAGUUUGAUCACAAGAAGGAGUUGAGGAAACUUAAUAUGUCUAUCUUGGUCAACUUCUUGGACCUCUUGGAUAUCUUGAUAAGGAGUCCAGGGAGCAUAAAGCGAGAAGAGAAACUAGAAGACUUAAAACUGCUUUUUGUUCAUGUCCAUCAUCUUAUAAAUGAGUAUCGCCCUCAUCAAGCGAGGGAGACACUGAGGGUCAUGAUGGAGGUGCAGAAACGUCAGCGUUUGGAAACAGCAGAGCGAUUUCAGAAGCAUUUAGAGCGAGUUGUAGAGAUGAUUCAGAACUGCCUGGCCUCCUUGCCUGAUGAUCUGCCUCACUCGGAGGGAGUGUUGGGAGUGAAAGCAGAACCCAUGGAUACUGAUGAUGGAAACAGUUGUAUUGGGCAGAGUGAAAAACAGAGGGAAUGUUCUAGUUGCAAGAAAGAUCAGGUUUUAGACAAAGAUGCAGCUAUGUGUAGCAUUAUUGAUGAAAUGACAUGAAGAAAACACUUUUUUUUUAGCUCACCAUAGUGAGGGGCAGAAUGGAUUCUAAGGGUACAUACUACAUUUUAAUUUGCUGUUGUACAAGAAAAAAAAUUAUUUUACAUAUGAUGGGAAGGGUUGUGGAUGACUAGGCAGAUGGGAAUGUUUAAUAUUUUAUGUAAUCUGUGUGUUUAUUCAUAAGAACAAAAAUGUUUACUUGUUAAAUGCAUCAUGUGAAGUGAAAGCAACAGAUUAAAGAUAGCCUUUCUU